UUUUUACUUUUUCAAUGAAUAAAGAAUAAAUGAAUUACACAUCAAACUAGGUAAUUACGUAUGAUAAUAUGUACUGUAUUUUUAUUAAUUAAGCAACGAGCAAGGAUACUACGGACGGCACAGGGAAAGAAACGGAUUAAAUUUAAAAUGCAACACGGAAGAAUUGAAGUGACGGUCAAGAUGGACGCCAAAUGUGGAAAAAUGCAAUUAGGCACAAUAUUUUAACAUCACUAAGUUAGUUUUAGCGUUAUUUAUCAUUUAAAUGACGUACGUUGCUGUCAAGCUUGUUAAAAUGUUUUCUUUCCCGUAAACUAAAGAUUAGUAAAGUUACUGACAGAAACUGGGAGGCAGCAAAACCCAAGCUUUUCUAAAACCAUCAUGGAACUGUCGAAAAAAGAAAGUGUCCCUGGUAAUAUUAAAACAACACCUCCUGAAGAAGUGGGUUCAAAAGACGACUUGUCUCCAUGUGUCCCCGGACAGACCAAAACCUCCACCGCCAGAGAUUUAACCAAGGAGGAGCUGGACAGACUCAGCGGUGAGCGGGCUCUAGUGUCUGACUUUAAACAGAUGAAGUUAGAGAAAGAAGCUCAGAAAAACUGGGACUUGUUUUACAAAAGAAACACGACAAAUUUCUUCAAGGACAGACACUGGACCACCAGAGAAUUUGAAGAGCUCAAGGCAUGCAGAGAGUUUGAUUCCCAGAAGCUGGUGCUGCUGGAGGCCGGCUGCGGUGUAGGGAACUGUAUCUUCCCUCUGCUGGAGGAUGACCUCAACAUCUUUGUUUAUGCCUGUGACUUCUCAGCACGAGCUGUUGAAUUUGUCAAACAAAACCCUCUGUACUGCCCUGAGCGCUGCUGUGCCUUCCAGUGUGAUUUAACUAAAGAUGAUCUGAGGGAAAAUGUGCCUGAGUGCAGCGUGGACGUAGUCACUCUCAUCUUUGUCCUGUCGGCCGUCCACCCUGACAAGAUGAAGCUGGCUUUGCAGAACAUCAGCAGGGUGCUGAAGCCCGGAGGCAUCGUCCUGUUUAGGGAUUACGGCCUGUAUGACCACGCCAUGCUCAGAUUUAAAGCUGGCAGCAAGCUGGGGGAAAACUUCUACGUCCGCCAAGAUGGCACCAGGUCCUACUUCUUCUCUAAAGAGUUGCUGGCUGAGCUGUUUGCAGACACGGGCCUCCAAUCUGUUGCUAAUGACUACGUCUUGAGAGAGACGGUCAACAAAAAGGAGGGGCUAUGUGUUCCCAGAGUGUUCCUGCAGAGCAAAUUCAUUAAGCCUGGCCAGUCAUAGAGCACUGAUGUCACUUGGCCUGUGUCUGCCCUUUCUUAAAUCUCCAAAAGGUGCCGGGAAACAUGAGACUGAAAUGUCCACAUGGAAUUGGAUGGCAAAAAAACAUGAGGGUGAUACAAGUGGAUCAGGUAGAACUGUGCCUCCUCCCACUAAUCGACUGCGGUCUUUUGCCCUUUUGGCUCACUGACACAUCACAGCAUGAGGUGCCUGUACUGGGGAUCUUACAUGUGGAACUAUUUGAACCUGAGGCACAAAAAUGCCAACAUGACAUGAAUGUUCAGCAAAGCCCUGUUGUCUCUGUGAACAGUAUUGAGUGGUUCAGGUAAGUUUAAACUCCUUUUCACUGCCUUCGUGAAACUUUGAUCAGCCUGUACGAUCACCAUGUGAGCUUUAUCAGUUUCUCUGUGAGCUGCCAAACCUUUUAUCUAUUAUGAUUUGCCUCUGGUAUAAUUUCCUCUACCAUGUAUUUCCCCUGAUAUUAAGAUAAUGUGAUCAUUUUUGUACAUUGUGAGUACUUGUAAUUUUCUGUGAAUUUAUUGUAAUGCUUUUCUCCAUUUUCUUUGCCUAUAUCUACUGACAAAGAAAAAACAAUUUCAACUGCACCAUCAAAUUUCAAACUUCGUCUAAGUGUUUACAGUAUUGCAUCCUGAUUAUGGUCUGAAUAAUGUAAAAUAAUUUAUGCUGCAACCCACAUCAACAUUGUGACUUUUUCAAAAAUAAACAAAUCAAGAUUUUAGGUGGUUUUCAAGUGUCUUAGUGUCUGUAUAGAAACAGACAGAAAACAUGGGGAUGUAGAGGGUUAUGACAUGCAGCAACAGUCCCCAGCCAGAAUCAACAGGAGGCGUUGUGGCCAUUAGCCUAGGACUUCCCCACAUGGUGCAGUUUUACAGUAUAUAAAAAUGUCACGCUUCCGCGCUGGUUCAUUGUUAAGUAUCAGCUGAUAAUAUUUUGCAGAUGUAUUAGCAAUAGCAGUAUUUACUGAUUUAAGAGGGAAUGUAUUCAGUCGAGAUGACAAUGACACAAUCCCUAAAUGUUUCAUCUUCUCUGAUUUUACAGUGCACUGUCAGUAAGUUACAGUGUAGAAGAACCGAAACAUUAACCUCAGUGUGAUACAGCGUCCACAAAAAGUGACAUUGGUUUCAAAGUGCAUGCAAGCUUAGGUUAGCUUGCAAGACAAUGCACACAGUGCAUCCAUAUUAACCCCUAGAUUUCCUGUUGUCAGUCCCCAUCCAUAACUCAUGAUAGUUAUUCACAAGCUUCUUGUACAGUCUGUGGGAAACACAAGAGGCUCAUAGCAGAGCCAUGAAACAGUAUCAGACCUGUACCCCGAAUAUUCUCGUAAUCAAAUUAUUUUCUUUGUAAAGUAUUACUUGGACAUUUUCUGUCAGCUUGUAUAGGAAGACAUUUUAUUCCAUAACUAUUUGUCAGAUAUACUUACAUUACCAAAAUAUGCAUUGAUGUCCAUUUUAAAGAUGAUUAUGUAUUUACUCUAUAUCUUCUGCUCCCCUCCGGCAGAAGAUAUAGAGUUCCACUGUGCAAACUAAACCGGUAUAAAAAUUAUUUUGUUCCUGUGUCUACACGUAUGUUGAAUAACAGUCUAUCUUAUUAAUUUUAAAUUUGUAAAUUAAUUGUCUUUCUUCUUUUUAUACUUGUAUAUUGUAUAUUCUAUGUACAUGCAGCAACCAUGCAGUCCAAAACAAAUUUCCUUUCGAGGACAAUAAAGUAUACUACUACUACUA